GCUGCUCAGGCUGCCGGCUUUGCUCCGAUUGGCUGGCGGGCGGGGGCCGCCCCGCCGGGGGCCGAGCGGUGUGUUUGGGCUGGAGAGUUGCCGGUGGAGCGGGCUCGGGAGCUGCCGUUGCCGCCGCCGCGCGAUGGGCGCGCGAGCGCGCGGGGACGGCGCGAGGCGCUCCCGCCACGGCGCCUCCCGCCCGGCGGGCGGCUCCCCUUCGCCUCAGCCGCGGGGAGCGGGUACGGGAUGGCCGCCUCGGGCGGGCUGGAGCGCGGCGCGCUGGGCUGAGCUGAGCUGAGCGGUGCGGAGCGAGCCGCGGCCGCCUGCGAGGACCAUGCCGUCGGGAAGGGAGCCGGGCGCCCCUCGGCUGCGGGAUCCGAGCGGGGCGUCCGCCCUGUCAGCGCCCGGCAGCGCCUAAAGCCGCUCCGCGCUGCCCCCGCGCAUCGCCAUGGACGAGCGCUUCAACAGGUGGCUGCUGCCGCCGCUGCUGGCCCUGCUCUUCUUGCUCAUCGUCUACCAGUACGUGUCGCCCGCCUGCCCCGGCGCCGCCUGCCCCCGCCGCCCGCCGGCCUCCGCCGCCCGCCGCGGGGGGGGCCCGGCGGAGCGGGAGGAGGAGGAGGCGGCGGCGGGCGCCGCGGAGGAGGAGGCGGCGGCGGCGGCGCUGCCGCGGCUGGUGGCCAAGUUCCCGUUCGCGCGGGGGGAGCUGUGUCGGCGGGUGCGGUUCGACAUGCGGGGCCGCGACGUGAUCGUCUUCCUCCACAUCCAGAAGACGGGCGGCACCACCUUCGGGCGGCACCUGGUGCGCAACAUCCGCCUGGAGCAGCCCUGCUACUGCCGGGCCGGGCAGAAGAAGUGCGCCUGCCACCGCCCGGGCGGCGACAAGGACACCUGGCUCUUCUCCCGCUUCUCCACCGGCUGGAGCUGCGGGCUGCACGCCGACUGGACCGAGCUCACCAGCUGCGUGCCCGCCGCUAUGGAACGCCGGGGCUGCGCCGGUAACCGCACCCUCAGGAACUUCUAUUACAUCACGAUGCUGAGGGAUCCGGUGUCACGGUACUUGAGUGAAUGGAAGCAUGUCCAGAGGGGUGCGACGUGGAAAACUUCCCUUCAUAUGUGUGACGGAAGAAGCCCAACACCAGAUGAGCUGCCUACCUGUUACGAAGGAGACGACUGGUCUGGAGUCAGUUUACAGGAAUUCAUGGAUUGUAGCUACAACUUGGCCAACAACCGCCAGGUGCGCAUGCUGGCAGACCUCAGCCUGGUGGGAUGCUACAACUUGACUUUUAUGAAUGAGAGUGAAAGAAAUAUGAUCCUUCUCCAAAGCGCCAAGAACAAUCUGAAAAAUAUGGCCUUCUUUGGGCUCACAGAAUUUCAGAGGAAAACGCAGUAUCUCUUUGAGAGGACAUUCAACCUGAAAUUCAUUUCCCCGUUCACCCAAUUCAACGUUACGCGGGCCUCCAACGUGGACAUUGGUGAGGAUGUGCGGCAACGGAUAGAGGAGCUGAAUUUCUUGGACGUGCAGCUGUACGAAUACGCGAAGGACCUGUUCCUGCAACGCUUCCAGUACUCCAAGCAAGAGGAGCAUCAGAAGAACCGGCUAAAGAGGCGAGAGGAGCGGCGGCUGCUGCGGGAGCAGAGAGCUCACCAGUGGCCAAGGGAAGAGGCAGCAGAAGUAGCCAUUACUGAAGAUUAUAAUAGUCAGGUCGCAAGGUGGUGAUGCUUCUCCAUCGUGACUAACCAAUGAGAGGAUCAGAGUUUGUGCAACUUGGCUACCUGGGAAUUAGCCAAGGAAGGCCUACCGCUUUGGUAAACGAGACCAUGUCUGACAGCUACCCCUCCUUGUCUCAGUUUUUCUUGGUUUCUGCCAGUGAGGAGAAUGUAUUUUUUUCUUAAUAGCUAUUGAUUAGUGUUAUUAAAUGGCAGUAGAAUAGAUUCCUGUCCCAAAAGACUUCUUCAAAGCCCUAAGCUAGGAGGAUGGAUUGAAGAGAGAGCUAUAUCCUUUGCGUUAACAGAUGUACGCUAUACAAUCUGAGCUACCGAAACUUGUGCAGACGUGAAUGAAAAAUUGGGAAAAAAUACCUGGUGUGGUUCCUCUGUGACAUGAGAGCUGGCUUAUUUCAUACUGUCCUUUGCAACUGUAGUGUGUAGCUUUCUAGUGAAUGCAGUGGAGGAAAACGCAUUGCCCUUCAAAUUUCUACGUGCUGUGUUUUGAUUAAGGGAACAACUUGCUGAGGUGAUUAAAAAAGACCUAGGAAAUGUGGGAUUGGGGCAUCACUUGUUCUGUUCUGUUAGCCAGCAAUCAGAGAUGAUUUAUAAGUGAAGUGAUGGAGGGGUUAGCUUAUUUCUCCGCAGAUGUUGAGACUUACUGAACCCAGCCAGGUAGCAGCUAUCUUUCUGAGUGUGUGUGGCAAAGGGAAAGCCUUGAGAAAUUAGGUCCAUGUGGCAGCUGAGCACACAUUGUGGAGAUUAUCUGGCUGGAGGCAAUGAAAUCAGCCUUCACAUUCACAAAAGGUGAAGAGGGGCCAAGCAAACUACAGGGAAGAGGAAAGAGAGAGCAGGAAAAGCUUAAAUAUUAGUGUGACAUUUUCCAGAUUUGCUGUAAAAGCCUGGAGAUAUAUUGUCUGUGAAGGUGGGCAGGUUUAUGAUAUUGUCUGUUAAAAUACACUGAUGCCAAGUGAAUGCAACUUAAAUUGGUUUUCUCUCUAACUACGGUAGUGGCUAGACAAAAAAAAUCAGCUUUCAUUUUUAUAGGAUACAUAAUGGAUAUGUGGAAAGUCUUGAUAUUUAUUACUCUGUAUGAAGAUUCUUUGUAAAUUUAUUGUUUUCAUGAUGAGAGAUCUGUAUCUGGUUUUCUUCCUUGUCUAGAAAAAAGAUUCAAUGGGUACUUCCUCCAUGUGUUACAUUCUUGUGGCUAAACUGCAUCUAUUUAUUCCAAGAUUUUAUGUUGUUCCAUUCGUAACAGUGAAAUUUUAAAAAGAGGGUCCUGUGCACCAUAGAUCUUUUGAGAGAGUUUUUUUCCUUCUUCUUCUAGCAUAAAUGUAAAGCAUUAGGAGGAAAUUUCUCUAAGUGCCUCAACGUGGCUGCUAAAUCGAGAUGCUGAAAGUAUAUUAUUGCAUGCAUGAAUGGCUUUUACCUUACAGAUUUGCUAAUUAGAAUUUCCGGAGUACCUGAUGUGGAUGCACAUUUCUCAUUUAUUUUCAAAAUUCAAGGUUUUUAUCCAGUCAGUAAAAAAAUAAGAGCCUGAAUUUGAAAAUUUCUCCCUUCAUUUCCAAGUCUUUUUUUUUAGUACAUGCUGUAUCUUCUUUUCUUCCGACAAUGCUAUUGCUGCUUAUCUAUGCACAAUAUCAAAAAUAUGAUCUAACGAUCCUGUUGAGAGUUAAAGCAUACAAUAAUACAUUAAACAUGGAAUAUCAUAAUGCCUGUUAAGAAGUGAAGAGGGCUACCGGGAUGGUGCCUCAUUAUCAAGGUAGUUUAUUAGCAAUAUGCUGCUUAAUGCCCGAUCGUCCAUGUGCUACUUUUGGGGUGAGUAGCGGUGGGUUUCGGUCCCUAAUAUCUGUUCCACCGGUGGAUCACGUCCAUCUCCUCCCACCUCCGUGUUCAGAAGGGAAGACGCGGGACUGCAGAUCGUUAUUCUCCUGCCCGAGCGUGAGAUGUCUGCCUUAGAGACGAGUGAGGAGCUCUCUAGACUCCCUGGACGGAGCUGCUUGGAUGCCCAUCGCCUGGAAGAGGUGCUCGGACACGUCGCUCCCGUGUGGACACCUACCUUCAGAGUUCUAAAUCGCAAUGUUUGCAGUCUAGGCAUUCACUCUGGGUGUCGUGGCCGCGGGACGGCGAGGCGGUGGAGAGCUGAGCCUGGUCGGUAUUAUUGCACCUCUAGUGCAGCGCAGGUAAUUUGCGGCUCUCUGACGUCUUACCCGCUGGCACCGGGGCUUCAGGCCGGGCUGGCCGUGGCCCUGUGGAGGGAAGGAGCUUUUUGGCCGGCGAUGCGGGGACGACGGGGAGCUGUUGCGUCUCUCUGUUCCCAGGCCCGUUGCUGCAUCUUGCUGCAGACCCCGCAGCAGGAGAGGGGAAGGAUGCCUUUGGCACCCGGUAACCUUAUGUCCGGGAUUUGCAGGUGUGCUCCUCGUUUCCGUGAGCACAGGGGGGCUAGGGGUGCCGGGGGGGACCCCGAAGGGUCCCGCAGCAGAGGCAGGGGCAGGGUGGGCAGCGGCGUGGGGCGUGUGGGAGAGGCAGGGCUGGCAGGCAGGGCACGGGGGCUCGGCAGGAGGAGGAGCGGCGCGGGAGAGGAGCCAGGCACGUGGGAGGAAAGACGCAAGGCCAAAUUCACGUUAAGGAGGAAGGUAAGCAAGGAAGUAGAAUCGCUCCCAGCCCGUCUUUCGUUGUAAAGCAUCCCUUUUUCCUCGUAAGCACAAAAAAAGGGUCCCCUUCCUCACGUCCCUGCCUCUUUCCCCAGCGGGCCACCUCUCCGCACAACUCACAGCAAUGGGGGCCUUGCUUUUCAUUUAGAAAAUUCAGUGUUAUCUUUUCAGGCGAGAGGAGACAGAGCUCAGAAAUGGUUCCCUGGAGCCUCACCAGUGACUGUAAGUAUCAGUUUCAGCUGUCUAAGUACACCAACUGUUCUCCAGACUAUUCCUUCUGCCUGACACAAAACAAAGCCUAAUGAGGAAAAUCGAAGCAGUCUUUGGGCGGUUUACAUUAGCUUUAAUAGUUUGGCAAUACCUUAAUGCAAUGCCUAACCUUUUCGUCAGUCAUUUCCCAGGAGACAAGAUUAGGGUCCUGAAGAGCCGUUAAUGUGCUGUAGCAUCUAUGUUAACGGGAUUUGCCUUAAUGCUUGGGAUUUAGUUAAAAUUGAAGUUGGUUUGUUGGUUUUGUUUUUUUUUUUUUUUUCCCUGAAGCCUGUGUAGCAGAUAGCCCUGGUUGUGCAGGAGUAGUUGGGGGUGGGGGGCAGCCGGUGGCUGAGAUCUUGUCCAGAGCCCCUGGGACUGAAGGAUCUGGCACCUCCUUCCCCAGCUCCAGCAGUAGAUCCAGCAAGCUCACGGCACCGAGAAUACUGGUUUUGUUAGCAGAAUUUCCUGGCACAUGACAAAGAAAGCCGAUUGGAAAUACUUUCAGGCUGACUUCUAAGACACAGGCUUGCAGCUUUUUUCCUCUUGGGCGCUGCGCCCGAAAUAACGUAACGCAAAAGCAAAAUAAAGGCCCUGGUUCAUAUCGCUGUUAUUCCAGGUUUUCAUUGCUCUGACAGCACGGACUUCACUGUAAUUGCACUGGCUUGUGUAAGAUCGGAGCACAGCAUGUUUCUUUAAAAACCUUCAUGAGCAACAACACUAUAGGAUUUCUGUCCGUCUUCCUGGCAUUAUUUUGUUGCUUAAACAAGGCAAUUUGGCUUCUGCUACUGUGGUGCUGAAACAAAUCUCAUUCUUUUGUAAUGGAGAUGUACUUGCUAAUCUCUCCCAUCACAUCCUCAGCACUGGCUGCCUUUUCCAGUUACAAUUCACUGUAGGCUUGGAGCAGACAGAGAAACAUGCUGUGUCAUUAAAACUUGUUCCUGGUAAUUUGAUGUCUAGUCCAAGAACUCAGCUUAUUGCCUAUGGGCCAUACUUUAUUAAGGAAUGAAAAUUUGCCCUCUCUUCCCCACUUAUCAGUGCUAACAAUAAAAAGCUUUUUCACUGCGGGGAAAGAAAACCACCAUUUCUGAUGGUCAGUAUUCUUCACUGCAGUUGUGUUAAUAGUGAGGCUGCGAUAGCCUUGCUAGGGAUUCUACCCAAUAUGCGGUAGUUAUUUUCAGUUCACUAAAAACAGAAGUACAGAACAAAAAAGUGAUGGGAGUCAGAUCCAGAGCCAAACUUCCUAACUGCAGCAUAUCCAUUCAACCAAACCAAAUGGCAGGUCACAUCACCUUUGUGAAACAUCUGGAGGUGUUUCAGAUUUGACGUCCGCUACUAAUCUGGGAUGUUUCUCAAGUAGGUCUUCUCGUUAACACAUGCUUCCUUCUGCACCAGUGGGUUCUUGUUUCACACCUGCAGUCUUCUAUCAGUUAUGAGCACUGAUGUUAUAAAGCUUACCGCACUGACACUUUUUUUUCCUCUGUUGCUGUUCCUCUGAUAUACGUGGAAUUACUCUUUUUUGGUCUGGGGUAAGGAAUAUGUUGUUUCCAGGCCGGUGGAGACUACCCUGUAUGAGAUGAACAAUCACAAUAAAAUAAUUCUGCUGGAGCAGAUUGCUGUAUCCUCCCUACAUGUGGCAAAAGCAUACUCGGAAGAGGUAACCAGUUUGCACUGAAACACUUCUUUCAGUUUGGUUCUCGUAAUACUUUCUUUGUGAAUAUUUGUGGAGGGAAAUGGGUUCCAUAGCCUACAAUGUCCUUGGCUUUCUUCUUGACCGUAUCACUAGCUCUGUGAUUUCAAAUGAAUGUUGGAAGUGAAAAAAAAAAAAAAAAAAUCAAGAGUUCCCAUCAGUUGCCAUAUUUAAGAUGAAAGGAUAAAUUAAUAGGCUGUAAAUUACUUUAUUCUUUAGGAAUUUUCUUUCUGUUUAUGUGCAAUAAUGUGUGUGAAUUCUGCUACUAAGAGAUUGUAUUGUGAGUAACCAUAUCUACUUUUAUUCCUAUUUACGAGAUAGUUUGUAGACCUAGGGAUUUUCAUUGAUGUAAAGCACAAUUUACUGAAUUAUUUAAUGUGUUUAACCAUUGUGAUGUCAGAAGCAAUUGUUUUCAUAUAUUUAUUUGUUGGUGGUUUUCUGUAAAAUGAUGCUCAUUAAGAAAUCUGUUAAAAAUGAAGAAGUUUUGUUGAAUAUUGUUGGGUCCAUAAAUUACUUAUGAGCAACAAAUAAACAUUGUUUGCGUUUUUGAAA